UUAUAUAAAUAUAUAUACACACACACGCUAUGAAUAUAUAUUCACACACACCGCCACCCAAGCUUCAUGCUUGUGUUGUGUGUGAGAGGUUACUACAAACUUCAAGAUUAGAGGUAAUUAAGGUUAACAUACAUAACAGUAUAUCUCUAGAUAUUGCUAUUAAAAAUGGGAGCCAGAGGAGCCAUACUUGUGGCCAUUGCAGCUUCCAUCGGUAAUUUUAUUCAAGGAUGGGAUAAUGCUACUAUUUCUGGUGCCAUUGUUUACAUAAAGACAGAGCUAGCAUUACAAACAAGUGAGGAAGGACUUGUGGUAGCCAUGUCCUUGAUCGGAGCAACACUCAUAACAACAUGCUCCGGCGCAGUUUCAGACUGGCUCGGUCGCCGUCCACUGUUGAUAAUCUCAUCGGUAUUUUACUUCCUUAGUGGUUUGGUCAUGUUAUGGUCCCCUAACGUGUAUGUCUUAUGCAUAGCAAGGCUUCUAGAUGGAUUCGGAAUUGGCCUCGCCGUCACUCUUGCUCCGAUCUACAUAUCGGAGACUGCUCCGCCGGAUAUAAGGGGUUCCCUGAACACGCUGCCGCAGUUCACAGGCUCUGCAGGAAUGUUCUUGUCAUACUGUAUGAUCUUUGGGAUGUCACUGGAAGCUUCUCCAAGCUGGAGAUUAAUGCUUGGGAUUCUUUUUGUUCCGUCUUUGUUGUAUUUUCUGAUUGCAAUAUUUUUCUUGCCUGAAUCUCCUCGGUGGCUUGUCAGUAAAGGAAAGAUGCUUCAGGCGAAAAAAGUUCUCCAGAGAUUACGGGGCAGAGAGGAUGUUUCAGAGGAGAUGGCAUUGCUAGUUGAAGGUCUUGGAAUUGGUAGUGAAACAUCCAUAGAAGAGUACUUAAUAGGUUCUGCUGCUGAUCAAGAACCAAGUGAGAAAGAUUACAAAGUCUUGUUAUAUGGAUCUGAAGGUGCUGGUCUCUCUUGGGUUGCAAAGCCUGUUGUUGCUUCUGGACACAGUUCUAUGAAGCCUGCGUCGCGGCUUGGAAGCAUUAUUGGCAAUCAAAGCAUGCAUCUCAUGGAUCCUCUUGUCACCCUCUUUGAUAGUAUUCAUGAAAAGAUUCCUGAGACAGGAAGUAUGAGGAGUGUGCUUUUUCCACAUUCUGGAAGCAUGUUUAGCAGCACAGUUGAGAAUCAUCAUCAUCAUGCUAAGAAUGAACAAUUUGAUGAAGAGAAUAUAGAAAGAGAAGGUGAUCAGGAUUACUACCCUUCAGAUGCUGUUGAUGGAGUUUCAGAUGAUGAUUUGCGUAGUCCUUUGAUUUCGGCUCGUGGCAGUAGUAUGUUCAACCAUCUCAGGUCUGGUGGUGAUGGUGAGGCAGGAAUUGGUGGUGGCUGGCAGUUGGCAUGGAAAUGGUCUGAAAAAGAAGGAGGAUUGAAGAGAGUUUAUUUGCAUCAAGAGGGAUCUAGACGUGGAUCUCUUGUCUCGGUUCAAGGCCAAGGCGAAGGUGUCCAUGUUGCUGGCUUGGUUAGCCAACCUGCUCUUUAUUCCAAGCAAACAAUUGGACCUGCAAUGGUUCAUCCAUCUGAGGUUGCUUCAAAGGGAUCAAUUUGGAAAGAUCUUACUGAACCUGGGGUUAAGCAUGCAUUGAUUGUUGGGAUUGGAAUACAAGUGCUUCAGCAGCUUGCAGGGAUAAAUGGGGUUCUAUACUACACUCCUCAAAUUCUUCAAGAGGCAGGUGUUGAAAUUCUUCUUAAAGAUAUUGGCAUUAGCUCCAAAUCUACAUCAUUCCUACUCAGUGCUAUCACAACUUUGCUGAUGCUUCCUUGUAUAGCUUUAAGCAUGAGGCUCAUAGAUAUCUCAGGAAGAAGGCAACUACUACUCGCCACGAUUCCUGUGUUGAUAGUCUCACUUGUGCUUUUGGUUGUUGGAAACGCAAUAGAGUUCAACUCCAUUGUCCAUGCACUAAUCUCAACUAUAUCCGUUGUGGUUUACUUCUGCUGCUUUAAGAUGGCCUAUGGACCAAUUCCAAACAUACUCUGCUCUGAGAUUUUUCCAACAAGGGUGCGCGGCGUCUGCAUAGCUAUAUGCGCUCUAGUUUUCUGGAUUGGAAACAUAAUUGUCACAUACACACUGCCUGUGAUGCUCAGCUCAAUCGGACUCGCUGGUGUCUUUGGUAUAUAUGCUGUUGGUUGUUUCAUCUCCUGGAUAUUUGUGUUCUUGAAGGUUCCAGAAACCAAGGGAAUGCCCCUUGAAGUCAUCACUGAAUUCUUUGCUGUCGGCGCAAGAGUAAGACGGGCUGCUUCUGCCAAGAAUCUGUAACAGAAUAUUGAUCUCAUUCUCAUGAGUUUAGACUGUAUGCAUGCAUGUCAGUUAG